UGAUGAUAAUUUUGUCAAUGAUGAUGCUAAUGCUGGCAAUGAUGAUGAUGUUGCUGGCAAUAAUGAUGAUAAUUUUGUCAAUGAUGAUGAUGAUGCUGGCAAUGAUAAUGAUGGUGUUGCAGAUUUACCUUUUUCUGUAUUCGACGAAUUAACAUUUUUGGAAGAAAAUUUGAACAACUUUCAUACGAGUGAAUACUAUUGUUUUGGGUAUUUUGUUGGUGAGGAGAAGCAGCUUGAAGAUUUUUUGGACCAUUUUCAGUUGGUUACUUCAACAUAUUUUAUCCGUGCUGAAUGUCACUCUAGAGAGAAGGGGCAUAAGAGGAUGUCUUCAAAUACAAGACCAAUCUUUGAAGACAGGCGUGGUAACAUUCCAAUACAGAUGUUUGGAAAUCCUUUCCUGAUCAUGAGUAGCGAAGUUAGGCAUUGUCUACAUGGAACAACUACCAAGAAGGAUUCCAGAAUUGGUCGUACUGGCAAAAACCAUGAACAUGAUUAUUGGAGAAGGAUGAAGGUCAGAUCUUCAGUCAAGAGGAAUUGCACUGCAACCAUGCAUAUCAGAGGCAUUAAGGUCUACAGUAGCAGAGAUACAGAGAUGCUUGAUUCGAUUUGUAAAGGACGAUCUGUUUGGAGGUGUUGCCGAAGGGGGAAAGCCUAAGAAGGGAAACAAGCGCUACUAUCCGCGAAGAAGUGACAUACGGACGCACAUCUCAAAAGCAAUUAAAGGAAAUUUGUUGUAAAUAUAGGAAGUUGAAUAAAAUAUUUUUUGACUGACUUUGUAA